CAUUUUUUCUCUUCCGCCUUUUGUCUGGCUCUGCAGGGCAGCGUUUUCCCUGCAGAGGCUUAACACAGACCACCGAGGAAGAAGAAGAGUGGAAGAAAAAAAUAAUAAUAAUAAUAAUAAUAAAUCAGAGAAACUUUGAAAAACGCGUUUUUACCAGAAGAGAAAAAACCAGGCUAAAGCUCGAAGAAAUUUUUGUUCGAUGGAGUCUUUGACUGGGCCUUUUUUUCAUCACAGAAGAAAGCUUUCUAAUGCCAGUAGUGCUAACAGCAAUGGCUUGUCAUUUUCCGGUAAAGACGCCUACGACGACGUUUUGCUGGGUGGCUCUAAACCCAGGUUCGGAGCUGUUGCAGGAUUUGCCUCAAGAAAAGUAGCUGCUGAAGACUACGCUGAAAUUUUUGGUGGCAGAAAUGGUACACGUGGCAGUUCUAUUCCGGUUCUUGACCUGUCGGACCUGGACGAAAGACAUGGCCCUGGUGGGUUUCGGAGCUCCGAUAGCAAGCUGGACUAUUCGACCAUUUUUGGAGGCUUUGGUGGUGGUGCUGGCGGUGAUGAUGUAGCUAUGGCUGUGCCGCCUUGUGAAGAGUUGUUUAAUGGGGUUAAAAAAGUCAAGCGCGAUAAAGCUAAAGCUAGGAUCUCAACAGACCCGUGUCCUCCUCUAAAAGGAUCAGAUCGUUUUAAUUCUUCUGAGAAGAAUAAAAGCCACUCUUCUGAAGCAUCUGAGGAUUUUGUUGAUGGUGGAAAGCAGUUUAAUAUGUCUUAUCAUAAGACUGGCCAACAGAGGAAAGAUGGUUCCAGCGGCACUACACACAUAGCUCAACUCCAUGCUGUUCCUGGGUUUACAUGCAUUAUUGAUGAAACUGCCCGUUUACAAAAGGUAGAGCAGGAUAAGGCAUUAUCUCAAGUUAAAGCAGAAUGCAAUCAUAAACAGGGCUCCUUUGAUCAUCUGCGAAGGACAGAAUUGGAUAAGGCGAUGCCUCCAUUGAAAGCACAAGUUAGUCAUAACCAGGACUUGAGUGACUGUCUGCAAAAGACAGAACAGGACAGAGCAAUGCCCCCAUUGAAAACACAAGUUAGUCGUAACCAGAGCUCCAGUGACUGUCUGCAAAAGACGGAACAGGAUAAGGCUAUUCCUUCAGUCAAAUCCGAUGUUAAUCAUAACAGGAACUGCAGUGAUCGUCAGCAAAAAGGAGAAAAGGAUAAGGCAAUGCCCCAAGUUAAGUUAGAAGUUAAUCAUAAUAGGAGCUCAAAUGUUGACAUAUCUGAAGAAAAAUCUGGGAGGAGAGCCAAAUGGCAGCUCCCUACGAUACAAGCUUCUGAAAGUUUGGUUAAAGAUAAAGGCGAAUGUUAUCAGGAUGCAUCCAAUUCGAGCGAUAUACUGUCAAAUAUGGAGAAACCUGGCAUGAAGUCACAUCCUUAUAAUGUGCCUCCACCUUGUAGUUCUUCAGCCAAUCUGUUUGAUAGCAAGGGGCACACCAACAGAUCAAAUUCUAAAAAAGUCGAGGCUUCUGAAAAGGUUACUGGUGCUUAUUCAACUCCUUUCUCUGAUGAGGAACUUGACGUAAAUUCAGCUGCUGCUGCCCCUGCAGCUGCUUUAAAAAAAGCCAUAGAGCAGGCCCAAGAAAGCAUAAGAAUUGUGAAGGAAAUAAUGGAACGAAAAAGAGAUUCUGGCCAAGGUUCUAAACUGCAUUCUAAGGGGAGGUUAAAAACUAAGGAUGCAAGGGAAAUGAAGCAUGUUCAGGAACUACACAAUGUCAGAGAGAAAAAUGUGAAUGAAGCAUGUAGAAGUGUAGAUAAUGAAAUGCUAGAUUCCUGUGGAGGUGACCAGUACCUUGCAUUUGGAAAUGGUGAAGUUGCUUUACCCUUCAAAGAUUGUGAGGAGUCUUCUACAGGUCAACAGGGUGUGGUGGCAAUAAAUGGUGAAAAUGUUGAAGUAGCUGAGGAAAAUGGGGUGGCAACGUGGUUUUCUCAACUGCUUAGCAAUGGAAAGCAUAGAGUGGCAGCUUUGGCCUCUGAGCUGGUAGGUAAGAGGAAUAGCACUAUUCAAACUUUGGAUAAAGAAAAACAUAGCAUCGAAGAGCCAAAGCUGGUUAAGGUGACCGUGGACUUGAAUGCUAGUGAGAAAGUAAAUGCUGUUAACAGAAUCCUUGAGUCUGGGGAUACAGAGGCUAAGUUAAAUGCAUUUGGAAGGUCAGAGGAGUUGAAAAAAAAUGUAGACGGUUCUGAGUCAUCUCUGUUUGCUAACAAAGACAAAGUAAGUGAAACCCAGAUAUUUUCCCAAGCAGAUGAAGUAACUAAAAACGGACGAGCUAAUUUAGUUGAAGAGCAAAAAUGCAAGGAGAAGCAUGAGGAUUUUAACGAAAAAAUAAGUGAAGGACACUUUGAGCCUGAAAAGUUGGGGAAUCUUUUGCAAGAAAAUGACUUCUUGAAGCUAGAGAAAAGAUCCUCUGAUCAGGAAGGAGAGGAAAAACUGGAGGAUAUUCAUGUGUGCGGACAAGAAGAUUGCAAAGUGGAUGAAGAAGUUGACCUUGAGCCGGAAGAUUUUCAUCUAUGGUUUGGUAAUGAACAUGCGCUAAAGAGGGCCACUUGCUGUGUAUGUAGCAGAAAGGGACUGGAAGAUGAUUCUGAGGAUAGGUUGGAAGGUUAUUAUAAGCAAGAAACUGAUGGGCAGAGAUCAACGCAAUCUGUUAAUGGAGAGGAAAACCAGAAUAUGUCAGAGGAAGAGCAUGUAUGGGAAGCAAUGGAUAGAAGAUCUGCAGGGAGUUGCCAAAGUAUAGAAGAGGAUGGUAUGGAUGAAGAUGCUGAUAACAGCUCAGUGCACCAGAAGAUAGAAGUCAAUGAAGAGGUUCAAGAAGUUGGUAACUCCGUUCAAAAAGUUGGUGACUCCUGGGACCGAACAGUAGAUAGUGCGGAAAAUCCUGGGGCAAAUUUAUUUCAGGAGGCUGCUUACAAGGAGAGUCUUGAUACGGAUUUUGAUGCAUACAACAAUGAUCAGAGUGUCAACCCAGAUGACAUUCAGGAGCCAUGCAGAUCUGAAGUAGAAAAUUGCAGUGAGCAAAAUAAUCAACAGGAAAGAAGAAACAAUGAAGAGGAGGCUCGCAAAGUGGGGAUCCCAGAAUCUUUUUAUGAGUUCGAAGAGGAUGCGGAAGCACCCCAGGACAUUGAAGAGGCAUCCACAUUGAAGGGUGAAGAAGUGCAUACAAUGGAGAGCGGGAUAAGAGAUGUCUCUGAGGUUGUUGAUUUUUUUGAAAAGACAGCAGAUUUUGGUUUUACACAGGUUAAUUGUGAGGCAGAACUGUCAAAGGACGCAGAGACAGCUAUUACAACUGUUUUCAUUUCCAAUUGCACCACAGAGGACACAGUAGAUGGUGAACAGGCAAAUGAUGCUCCUUCCGAAAUUAAAGAUUCAUCAAAUUUUGAUUUCAACAUGAAUGGGCAGAAACAAAUUCACAACAAUGACAAUGAAUCCGAAAAUUCUAUCAAAACUGAAAGUUGUGCUGGGUUGGUUGACAAAGUGUAUGGGCAAAAACAAAGUGAAGAAAUUGACAGAGGAUUUGAAUCUGGCAUCAAUCCAGCAAAUGGUGGUGGUUUAGUUCAUGAAUCUGGGGGAAAUGCAGAAAGUGUCCAUGUGGAUGGCAUUGCUCAUGAGAAAGAUGAUGAAAAAGAUACUAUUGAAUUACAUCUCGAAGAAAGAGAGUGCAUCAAGAGCCAAAAGGAACCAGGAAAUUCUGAAUUCCCUGUGGAGCUUAAAUGGGAAGAACAUGUGGAAACUAAUACUGAGAUGAAAACAGGCCAAAGUACAGAACAUAAUGAGGAGAAUGGAUGCAAAACCUUUGCGAAGGAAGAUAAGGAAAUCAGAGAAAAUGUGCAAAAAGAAGAGGCAGCAAAGGAUUGCCUUAAAAGUACUGAAGUAAACAAGAGGGAAAGAGAGCAGAAAAAACACAGAAUAGCCGUUGAAAGAGCAAUUCGUGAAGCUCGUGAAAGGGCAUUUACUGAAGCCCGAGAACGGGCAGAGAGAGCUGCUGUGGACAAAGCAACUGCUGAAGUUCGACAAAGAGCAAUGGCCGAAGCACGGGAAAAGCUUGAGAAGAAGUCUUCUGGGCCAAAGGUGCCAACAGGUAAAGCUUCUUCCAUUGAUGCCAAGCUUAGGGCAGAACGUGCUGCAGUAGAGAGAGCUACUGCAGAGGCUCGUGAGCGUGCUCUCGAAAAAGCAUUGUCCCAGAAGACUACCAGUGAGAUGAGAACGCAGGCAGAAAGAAAUGCUUCUGGAAAGUUUUCUGGUGCUUCCAGAGUUAAUGGGUUAAAACACAGCUUUUCUUCAUCUGAUUUAGAGAGCUUUGAUGGGACCAAUAAUGAAUCAGCUCAGAGACGUAAAGCAAGGUUAGAGCGACAUCAGAGAAUCAUGGAAAGAGCGGCAAAAGCCCUUGCAGAGAAGAACCUUCGAGAUGUUCUUGCUCAGAGAGAGCAAGCCGAGAGAAAUAGACUAGCAGAAACUCUUGAUGCAGAUAUUAAGCGAUGGGCCAGUGGGAAGGAGGGGAACUUGCGGGCACUGCUGUCAACUCUCCAAUACAUUCUAGGGCCAAACAGUGGAUGGCAGUCAAUUUCCCUGACAGAGAUUAUAACCACUAAUGCUCUGAAGAAAGCUUACCGGAAGGCAACUCUUUAUGUUCAUCCUGACAAGUUACAGCAAAGGGGGGCAAGCAUCCAGCAAAAGUACAUAUGCGAAAAAGUCUUUGAUCUUCUCAAGGCUGCAUGGAACAAAUUCAACUCCGAAGAAAGGUGAACAAAGAUUCGAGAGAUGGUGCCAGCACUGUAAUUGUAGCUGCCCUCGUUUCAUUUGCCAUAAUCUCCUCUCACCAUGUAGAUAUAUUUACGAUAUUCUAGUAAUAGGCAAUUUUAUGCAAAUUCUAGUAAUUUCACAAUGUAGAGACAAUUGGAUUCACAAUGGAAGAAGUUUGUAACGGUCGCAGAGAAAAGACUCGCGGCUUAACCUCAAAGGCCCACAUAACUAUUUUGUUUAACUAAGCCUCACCCCCAAUGAACCUGAAGCUUUGAUCACCUCGGAA